CGUUACCGAAGAUGGCGAGUCCACUGGUUCUUUUCCUGUGCUUCGUUUCAAUCCAUUCGGUCGCAAUCGCUGGUCUGUCUUCGGAGUUUGCUCAUCAUGCCGUCCUGGACCCAGCAGAAAAAAUGAAACUAUACUGGACCGUUGAUUGGGACGCAAAAAUGGUUUAUUUCGCUGUGGAGGCAGCAACCACUGGGUGGGUAGGAUUUGGAUUCUCCGGCCGCUCUGGAGCUAUGAUCGGAAGCGAUGUUGUUAUAGGCUGGGUGAAGAAUAACGAGGGAUAUCUUCGGGAUCGUUUUGCAGAUGAGGAAAAACUUCCACCAGUCGAUGAACAGCAGGAUUACAAACUGAUAGGAUUUGAAGAGAGUGGAGGAAAAACUGUGCUUAAGUUUAAACGAGAGUUUGACACAUGUGAUUCGCGCGACAGGAAGCUUGAGGCUGGAGCUACCAAAGUUGUGUUCGCAUAUCAUGACGAUGACCCGGCCUCAGAAUCGAAGAUAAAGUAUCACACGUUCAGGGGAAGCAGAACACUUAUGCUUCUUAAUAGCAUGGAUAAAAGAAACAUCAACGAAACUGGCUGGCUCUCUUUUCCUAUAACUACUAAGAACGUAACAAUCCCUGCCAAGGAAACAACUUACUGGUGCGCUCUGAUCAAAGCUCCCGAACUGCAAUCCAAACAUCACAUCACAAAGGUCGAACCACUUGUACAGAAAGGCAAUGAAGGUUUUGUUCAUCAUCUUAUUCUUUACGAAUGUGAAGGGAACUUUACUGAAAAUGAUUAUGAUCAAGGCAGGGACUGCAUGGACACAGCUAACAUGCCUUAUGCCAGGUGCCGAGAGGCCAGUAUUGUUGUCGCCUGGGCUGUUGGGGGAGAGUCGUUUUAUUACCCUCUGCACGCGGGAUUUCCACUCGGCGCAGAUGAUUCACCCAAGAAUUUCCUGUUGGAAAUGCAUUAUGAUAAUCCAAGCAAUGUACCAGGCCGUGUUGACAGUUCAGGUGUUCGGAUUUAUUACACCGACAAACUUCGUAAGUAUGACAGUGGAAUUGUAUCAGUAGGAGUGAAAGUAAAUAACUGGCACAUCAUACCCCCCAAACAAAAGGACUGGCUCAGCAUUGGAUACUGUACAGCAGAAUGCACCGAGUCCAUCUUUAACUCGACGUCUCUACAAGGGGGAGGCAUCAAUGUGUUUGCCUCCAUACUUCACACUCAUUUGGCUGGUCGAGCUAUAUGGACUAGACAUAUUCGAAAUGGAAAAGAACUUCCAGAAAUUGCGCGUGACGAUCACUACGACUUCAAUUUCCAGGACACACAAGUUCUCAGAAAAGAAAUCAACAUUCAGCCGGGAGACGAAAUGAUUCACUACUGUAAAUACAAUUCUAUGGACAGGGAUCAGCUAACGAAGGGAGGCAUUGCUUCGAGAGAAGAAAUGUGCUUGGACUUCUUGUUCUAUUAUCCACGUGUACCCAAGAUCAAAUUGUGUCAAAGUACUGCAUAUGGUCCUCCAUACAAGUUCAUCAAAAAAUACUUGAAAGAUGCUGGCUUAACCUCUCCAUACCGUAAUCCUAUGACCAAAACGUCAUUGGACUGGACUAAUGAAAUGGUGGCUGACUUCAGAGAGUACAACGAAGAAGUUCAGAGAGUAUUUCCUCGUUGUGGUAUUCGUAAAUUUUCCUCUGUUGCUGACACAUUGAAUCCAAACUUCACGGUGCCGAUACCAAAAAUCGCUGAGCCUCUUCCAACCGAGAAGUCCGACUGUCCACCAAUCCUAGUUGCUGCAGGCCAGCGCAUGUCACCUGGGGUUUUCGCAGUGUACUUUGGGAUACUGCGUGCUGUCUUUUGUAUUGUAAACCAAUGAGUGAUCGCCUUGCUGAAAUCUGCCUUAUCGUCACUUUUUCUUUUUCUCCUUUUUUCGCAUUUUUUUUUGUCUUGUUGUUUAAUCAUGACUAACGUGAAGGCAAGUAAAUAUUAUGAAAUAUUAUGAAGGCGGCCUGGAACUUUUGAUCAUCAGUCUUCUUAUUUCUUCUUUUUUUUUUAUGAACUGUAACUUCUAGUAUCUGACUUGGGAUCCUCCUGAUAACAUAAAUUGAACCGGGCCUAACAUUUAGCGAAGAGAAUUUGGUGUUAAACUGAUGCAAAACACUCGAGUUAAUAACUUUGUCUUUCCCGGCCUUAUUAGUCACUUGUAGGCUUUGCAGGUUUAUCAAAUGUUGCACAGCUUGAUUCCUG